AACGACAUCAUCGGCAUCAUGCUCAACCGGCGCUUCGUGGAGGAACUCUUCAAGCCUCAGGAGCUGUACACGCGCGCCGCCCUCCGUGAGGUUUUCGAUCGUCUUGCGCAUGCGUCGAUUAUGCGGCUCAACACUCCCAGUAUGGAUAAGCUCUACGACCUGAUGGUGAUGGCGAUGAAGCACCAGGUCCUCCUCGCCCCCCACCCGCGCGACCUGCUCCUCCUGACCCUCAACCAUCUGGACGCCCUCAGGGGAUUCGCCACGUCCACGCCCGUCCUCGCUCAGGUGGAAGGGACGGCGCUCCUCUUCACGCAGACCUACGGCAAAAUGAACAUGGGAGAGCUCGCGAGCAUCCGCCACGCCCUCCUGGGUUUCGUGCAGGACCUUCGUAUCCGCGUGUCGCUCUUCCUGAAGGAGAACCAGCAGAAUCCUUCGGGCGCCUUCGUCAUCGACACCGACGGAGCUGUGCCGUAUGGCACGGAGGUUCCCGGCAGCGUCCGCAUAUUCGACAGCAAGGAGGAGGUGACGAGCUUAAAGAGGUUCGUGACGGGAGGGCACCACGCACCCUCGCUGCCCGUCGGGUCGCUGGCACUCGUCGGGGAUCGGGUCACGACACUUGGCACUAAUAUGUACUCCGGGCGGACCGAGGGAAGUGCAGCCCCGGCGAUGGACCGCAACGCCUUCGACCAUGGGACAGCCUACCCCCAGCAGGCGCUUCCUGCACGGACAUCCACUCCUACGCUGCCCAGCGACCUCGACCAGAACAACCCCCCCCUGAGCGGGCGCGCGCGCAACGAGCUCAACCUCCUGGCUCAGCUGAUCGGCGGUUCGGCGGCGGCGACCAACAAGGAAUUCAAGUUGAACCUUUUCCCGGCGGACGAGGACCAGAGAAACGACAACGACCUGGACGACCUGCUUCUGGCGCGCGACGUGAUCACCAUCGAGGCCGGCUGCCGCGGCGACCGACCCGAGCUGGGCAAGAUCCUAGGCGAGCUGACCUUGAACGAGGCCGACGCCAUCGAGGACAAAGGUCAGGACCUUUUGGACCUUAUGGACAGCUGCUGAGAGAGUGACAGUGGCGUGCGACAGCCUCUUUCUGCCUGAGGGACGGUGGCAGUGCAUUUCCUACUCGCUUCUCGGAAGCCAUUCCUGGGAAUGAUUUCCGAUCGGAAACACAUCACAA